GGAAAGGGGGCAAAGGCUGCACUGUGAAACACACUAUAAAAAGACCUCUCUCCAAGGUGCCACCAUUGUUGCAAAAUCGUUGACGCUUACAAAGAGACAGAUAUGGAAAAAAAGAGCAUUUCAAUGGUACACUGGAAAAGAGUCAUAAUCGCUAUUGCAAUUCUCAUCAAAAUAGUGAACAGCCUUCCAUUGGACUCACAUGAAAGAAAGAAACGUAUUGUAGGCGGCACUCAAGUCAAAAGGGGUAAGACAGGGAAGUGGUCUUGGAUUGCUAAUCUCGUCUUAAAUCAGACGCAGUUAUAUUGUAGUGGAUCAAUAAUCGGAAAACGAUGGAUUGUUACAACAGCUCACUGUUUUCAUGAUAAACUUAGUUCAACGAAGGCCUCUGAUUGGACCGUAAGAGUUGGUAAACUCACUCUCAGUAAACAAGAGAACUACGAACAAAGUUUUAAAGUUAAACAAAUCAUCUAUCAUCCAAACUAUUCAAGCUUGUAUGACAAAGGGAUAGAUGUACCUGAUGAUUAUGACAUUGCUGUACUUGAGUUACAAGGAUCAAUCAACUAUACCAAAUAUGUGAAGCCAAUUAAACUACCCGAUAAUGGCAUUAAGUUCCAGUCGGGUGAGCGUUGCAGUAUCGCCGGCUGGGGUCAUACAAGUUACGAAGGGGUACUAGAGGAUAAUUUACGAGAAGUUACCGUGGAGUUGGUCUCGUUGAACAGAUGCAACAGCCAAAAGUCGUACAACGGCACCAUACAUGAUCGGGCUUUAUGCGCUGGCUAUGACGCGGGUGGGCGCGAUGCAUGUCAAUACGAUAGCGGUGGACCGCUUUCAUGUAAAAAGCCUGGAACUAAUACAUGGUACCUCAUUGGUCUGGUAUCAUGGGGAGAUCAAUGUGCGUUACCGUAUAAAUAUGGCGUGUAUUCGAACGUAACGGUUUUAACACCUUGGAUAAGGAGUACAAUCAAAACUCGAAAUAAUGUAUUUAACAGGAUAGGAUGAUGAAACUACUUUUAAUUCACAAGAAAGGGCAGUCAUACCUGGCUUUUCCGGUUGCCAUCAAACACUUGUAAGGAUUUUAAUUCUCAAAUAUAAAAAAGACGAUUGCUACAAGAUGACUACACAUAUAGAUUAUGGUUAAAUAGUAAUUCAGAUGUAGCACUCCCCAUGCUGUGUAUUCAUAAAUAUACGAACAAUUUUAGUAUAUAUAUGUUCACGAAUAUGUUUACGCAUUGUAUUUAUGUAUAAUGCACCAUUUUAUGUAAAUAUAUAUUUCAUUCCAAAUAUUGAAUGGUAAUAUAACGUAGGUCUUGCCGUGGUAAUAUUUUCUCCUCUAUACAAAUCCAUUCAAACAACGAUUUAUCAUUGCAAAAAAUAUAGGUGUUGAGAUGUUA